GUGGAAAGGAAACAAUGGUAAAUUUGAAUCCACCUGCAGACUCCACUCCUGCCUUGAUCAGCAGGGAUGAAAACAAAAAGGUCUCGACAGAUCACACGUCGACUUCGACCACCAUGUACGAAGUAUCCGAUGCUAGCUCUUUAUCAUCUACGCUUUUUGCAUCCGAUGGCGAUACAUCAGACUCUUCGAGAAAUAAUGAGUAUUCACCUGUUGCCUCGAAACUCGUUCACACGAUAGCGUCAGGAUUUGCGAACAGCUUUGACGAGGAAACUACAAGUGAUAAGAGCACAGACGACCUUUCAACUUUGUCUAACUUCCCCCAAGAGGCAUGGGAAGCGCGCAAAAAGAAAACGCAUUUUCUACAAAGGGCUUCUUCGCCGGAAUCAGAAGUGACCCAUAUUUCCCAGGCAUCAGAGUUUUCUCCCAGAACUAUUGCUUCGCGGUGGGCUCGUCUUAGUGGUAUGACAAGUGACUCGUCUGUAUCCGAUUCUCCCUGGGUAGAUACCAGCGAUUCGUCCGAUUCUUCUUGUGGAACAAGCAGAACUGAAGGAUAUAAUUAUUCUUGGUAUAGUUUAAGUGCAGGAAACGAAAAGCCUUUUAUCACAGGCAAAUCAGACCUUGUUAAGGAUAUUGAAAGCGACAGAUACUCAUUUGUUGGUCAAGGAUUUUCUCACGCCAACCGGAAAUCCGACGAAUGGCAUGGCAGAGCGGUGGCAAUCGCUCCUGCGGCUGAGUGUGAAGUUAGCAAUGGAGUUGUCGCUCAGUCGAGCCCAGACCAGAUUCCUGCAGGCUCGCACCGCGACAAUAUUUCUCCCGUCGGAAUACGAUUCUGUGCUGUUCCUUCCCAGCUAAGCAGCUUUGAUCGUCGACAAAUGGAACACGGUGAAAUUCCUCCGCCUUUGCCAGCAUCGAUUGCACAAUCCGCAUCGAAGGAAUGCGAUGCAUCGCAAAGGAACACUUGUUCGUUGAUUGAAGAGCGGAGCAAGAUCGAGAUAUUCUUUAUGGCGGUGAUUUUGGUUUGCUCUGUUAUUCUGCUUGUGCUUCUUGCACUGAUAUUGGAGCAGAAGUAAGAAUUGACGUAUGGUUUUAUCAGGUUUGGCAAGCCAUCGUGACUCACAGACUGCCAAUAAUCAUGGUUGGUACAUUCAAACUUAAUAAGGAAGUAGAAAUUUAAUUUUGGUGUGC